AUGCCCCAAGGCAAGCGUAAGUAUUCUCGGUGCGAUCCCAAGGUGUUGGGGUCUAAGGACCUGAAAAAGAUACAAAAGCUUGUUCACCACUUGAGUGAUGAAGAGGAUGAAUGUAAAAAUUCGUCUACUAAUCCUGAACAUGAUCCUGAGGUAUAUUUUGAGCUUUGCAUAACAGUUUUUCAGGAUGUUGAUGAGCUUACUCAGGAGUGGAAAAAUUUUUAUAAACCUGGUGCGGCAGAUGACGAUGACUACCUGAUUAAGUAUCAAAGCAACCUGAAAUCAUGUCAUUCAGAGGUCUCUGAAGCUAUGUCUCAAUUUGCUGGCAGCCUUCCGGGUGACUUGGAGGCUUUCGAUGAGUCUGCUGAUUUGGAGGAUCUCCCUGUUGAAAUUCAAGACCACUUAAGAUUGCUGACUGAUGUAUUGAAGCAUUAUCGUAGCGGGCCACUUCCGAAGACCGUAAAGAUGCUUCCACACUUGCCAGGAUGGGCGAAUAUUUUGAAAAUUCUGAAUCCACUUCAGUGGACAGUGCAUGCUUACCAGAGAGUAGUCAAAGUCUUCGCUUCAAAAGGAGGAGAACAAGCCCUGGUGUAA